AUGGGGGCCAAGAAACUUCACAUUGCCAUGUAUCCUUGGUUUGCAAUGGGGCACCUGACCUCAUUCCUCCACAUCUCCAACAAAUUAGCUGAGAGAGGUCACAGAAUCUCCUUCUUUAUCCCCGUCAAAACCCUACAAAAGUUGGAGGCUUUUAAUCUCUACCCGGAUCGCAUUGCCUUCAUCCCCAUCAAUGUCCCUCACGUUCCCGGCCUUCCCCCAGGCACCGAAACCACAGCUGACGUUCCUUUCCCUCUUCACUCGCUCCUCAUGACCGCCAUGGACCUCACCCGGCCUGAAAUUGGACAAGCCCUCAGGGAACUCAAGCCCGAUUUUGUUUUCUUCGACUUCACACAAUGGAUGCCGGAGUUGUUACAUGAGCUUGAUAUGGGCACUAAGUCCAUACAUUACUGCACAAUUAGUCCUGCAACAGUCCUGUACCUGUCAACCCCCGAAAGAAAUCUGAUGGAGAAACAACCAACGGUGGCUGACCUUAUGCUGCCUCCGCCAUCUUUCCCUGCGUCAUCAAUUACGCUACGAACGCACGAAGCUCGUGGGCUUGUAGAUGUCAUGUUGAAGGAAUUCGGCCGUGGGGUGACAUUCAUGCAACGCCAAUUUCGUUCUUUUAGUGGAUGCGAUGCUAUUGCUUUCAAAACUUGUAGAGAGAUAGAAGGGCCCUAUUGCGAUUAUAUCGGAACCCAAUUAAGGAAGCCGGUGUUUCUAGCAGGGCCGGUGGUGCCAGAGACCCCAACUAAAGAGUUGGACGAGAAAUGGUCAAAAUGGCUUGAAAGGUUCGAGGCCAAAAGCAUGAUUUACUGUGCAUUUGGAAGCGAAUGCAUACUGAAAAUUGAUCAGUUUCAAGAAUUGUUGUUCGGUUUUGAGAUCACAGGUUUGCCCUUUUUCGCGGCGCUGAAGCCGCCUAUGGGAGCUGAAUCGAUCGAGUCAGCAUUGCCGGAAGGGUUUGCGGAGAGGACACGAGAAAGAGGGGUUGUUUACGGGGGUUGGGUUCAGCAGCCAUUGUUUUUAAGGCACCCUUCUGUGGGGUGCUUUGUGACUCAUUGCGGCUCAGGGUCUUUGUCCGAGGCGCUAGUGAAUGAGUGCCAAUUGGUGCUGCUGCCGAAUGUGGGUGAUCAGAUCAUCAAUGCGCGAGUGAUGAGCCGCGAUCUGAAGGUGGGAGUGGAAGUGGAGAAAGGCGACUUAGAUGGGCUGUUCACAAAGGAGGGUGUUUCCAAGGCAGUGGAAGCUGUGAUGGAGGAUGGCGGUGAGGUAGCCGAGGAGGUGAGGAGCAACCAUGCAAAAUGGAGGGACUUUUAUGCCGCAAAGAGCUUGAGAACUCUUAUUUGAAUAGUUUUGAACAAAAGCUGCAUCAACUGCUUGAAUGAUUUUCUCUAGGUAGCCUUUGGGGAAGUAGGAUUCCACAAUUCGUUUUCUCACACGCACGCUAUGAUAAUUAUCUUGAUUGAUUGAGUUUUAUGCAUAAAUCUUAUUCUUUGAAA